CUUUUGGGCUGGGGGUUUGCUUGGAGGAGAGCGGCAGGACUGAGGCUGGAGCCGGACCGGAGCAAGCCUGGAAAGAAAGAAUCUUGAGUCUGGAACACUAAUUCAUUUCUACAGUUUGUUAUAGGAAAAAGAUCCCAGAGCAAUUUCCCAGCAUGAAAACGGAAUGGCAAGAUAUCCCAAUAGAGGAGGGACCAGCAGGGAGGGGAAUGGCUGCUCAUGACCUCCAGGCUGGGAGUAUCGGAGGAUUCCUUCGGAGGAGGCCAGGAGAUCAUCCAGCAGCAGAGGGUUCCCUUUCCCUGGCGCAGUGGGAAACCCAGUGGCAGGAGUUCCUCAGGACAGUGGAAAGCCCUCACUCUGGAUGGGGAAGCCCCCACUUGCCAGCAAAACCUUCGCCCUGGGAUGAUGCCAAGGCCUUCCUGGCCUCCUUUGAGCAAGUGGCCGAAGCCUGUCAGUGGCCCCAGGAAGAGUGGGUGACCCGACUCCGGCCAGCCAUCAGUGGAGAAGCCAAGCAGGCCUUUAAUGGUCUGGAUGCCAGAGACAGAGAGGAUUAUGGGAAGGUGAAGGCAGCCAUCUUGAGAGGGGAUGUCCUGAGCCGGGAGAAGCAGCGCCAGCAGUUUAGGCGUUUCUGCUACCAGGAGGCCGAGGGCCCACGGGGGGCUUACCACCAACUCCAGGAAACGUGCCGAGGGUGGCUGCGAGUGGAGAAGCACAGCAAGGAACAGAUCCUGGAGCUCUUGAUCCUGGAGCAGCUGCUGACUGUCCUGCCCCCGGAGAUCCAGAGCUGGGUGAGCAAAGGCGGCCCUGAGAGCUGCUCCCAGGCAGUGGCCCUGGCUGAAGAGUUCCUCUUACGGCAGGAGACGCAGGUGCCUUUGGCGGAGGCAUCUGAGAGGGUCUCCAAGGGAGGCCAGGAUCCAUCUGAGACUGAGCAGAGCCAGCUUGCGAUGGGGCUCAACAAAGAGGAGGAUGGAGAAGCCAGCCCACUAGGAGCUGUAGAGGAGACGGUUGAGGAAUUCCAGGACUUCUCAUUGAAUAAGUGCAAGAAUGAAGAGUCUAAGGGAGACUUCAGGAGUCGAACUCGGUCCCCAAGGCAGGCGGAAAGCAAUGCAGAGAAGAUGAGGGAUAAGCCCAUUCCUUGCCUAGGAAGGGAAUUCCAUGAAAUCCCAGUCCGAGCACAAAGAUCACUCCAAAGAAGAGGGAAGGGCAUGAAAAUGAAAGUAUGGCAUCUGGAACGACCUUCAUUCAGAGCAUGAAUGUUAUUUCCCAUCUAGACGUUCCCUCAGGAGAGAAACCAUAUAGUUGCUUGCAGUGUGGAAAAGGCUUCAGUCGGAGAUCAGCCCUUG